GCCAGCUGUGGUCCAUUCAAACUGGCUUGUCGCCCUGUCGCAUCAUGGCUCUGAACACCUACAACGUCAACAUCGACUACGAGGCCCAGCUGGGUGCCUUCAAGGAUUUCUUGAAGCACUUUAAAAGUUUUGAAUCCGCCUCGGAAUCGGCUGCGACAGAGGCCCUCGAGGACCUUCACAUCGACGAGGAUGGCACCAGUGACGAGUACGACUUCAUGGACGAUGUCGACCAGGAGGGUGGCGCACAGAGAGUCGGUCGGAGGCGUCGAGAGCCCAAGUUUAAAUACAUGCAAAUGCUGCAGGAGGUGGCUGACCGGGAGCGCACGAACAUUCUGGUCGAGCUGGAUGAUGUAGCAACAUAUGAGAAAGCUCUCCCCGAAGACCAAGACCUGGAGCUCGUCAAGAACGUGCAGAAGAACACAUACCACUACAUCGAUCUUUUCUCGCGGGCGGUCGAUGAUCUGAUGCCGAAGGAAAGCAAAGAUAUUACGUUCAAAGAUGAUGUACUCGAUGUUAUCAUGUCGCAGCGUGAAAAGCGGAAUGAGGCCAUGAACAUGGCUGCGGAGGCCAAUGCCGACACAGAUGCGGCUCAGUCUGUUUUCCCGCCAGAGUUGACCCGCCGGUACACGAUAAAUUUCAAGCCUCUCACUUCCUCCGGAUCGAGCAGCGAGCAAUCCAAGGCUAUCGCCGUGCGCAACGUGCGGGCUGAAUACAUCGGCGCCCUGAUUACCGUGCGGGGUAUUACGACUCGAGUUUCGGACGUCAAGCCGGCCGUCGAGAUCAAUGCCUAUACCUGCGACCGCUGUGGAUGCGAGGUGUUCCAGCCCGUCACUACCAAGCAGUUCCUGCCUAUGUCGGAGUGUAUGUCGGAGGAAUGCAAGACGAACAACACCAAGGGACAGCUGUUCCUCUCCACCCGCGCGUCGAAGUUUGUUCCUUUCCAGGAAGUGAAGAUCCAGGAGAUGGCGGACCAGGUGCCUGUUGGCCACAUUCCCCGGACAAUGACCAUCCACUGCCACGGCAGUCUCACCCGUCAACUCAACCCCGGUGAUGUUGUCGACAUCGCGGGGAUUUUCCUUCCGACUCCCUACACGGGAUUCCGGGCCAUCCGCGCCGGCCUGUUGACCGAUACCUACAUGGAAGCCCAGCACAUCACACAGCACAAGAAGUCCUACAACGAAACGGCCAUGGACAGCCGGACCCUCCGCAAGAUCGAACAGCACCAGAAGUCCGGGAACAUGUACGAAUACUUGUCGCGAUCGAUCGCCCCGGAGAUCUACGGCCAUCUCGACGUGAAGAAGGCUCUGCUCUUGCUCCUCAUUGGUGGUGUGACGAAGGAGAUGGGCGACGGCAUGCACAUCCGUGGUGACAUCAACAUCUGUCUGAUGGGUGACCCCGGUGUUGCCAAAUCUCAGUUGCUGAAGUACAUCACCAAGGUUGCUCCCCGUGGAGUGUACACCACCGGUCGAGGAAGCAGCGGUGUCGGUCUUACGGCGGCUGUGAUGAGAGAUCCUGUGACAGAUGAGAUGGUACUGGAAGGAGGAGCCUUGGUCCUGGCCGACAACGGUAUUUGCUGCAUUGAUGAAUUCGACAAGAUGGAUGACUCGGAUCGUACGGCCAUCCACGAAGUGAUGGAGCAGCAGACCAUUUCUAUUGCGAAGGCGGGAAUUACAACUACUCUCAACGCCCGCACAUCUAUCCUGGCCGCAGCCAACCCCCUGUACGGGCGGUACAACCCCCGACUAUCGCCCGUCGAGAACAUCAACCUUCCCGCCGCGCUGCUGUCGCGUUUUGAUGUCAUGUUCCUGAUUCUCGAUACCCCUUCGCGCGAAUCGGACGAAGAGCUCGCCAGCCACGUCACCUUUGUCCACAUGCACAACAAGCACCCCGAGAGCGAGGAUGCCGGUGUGAUGUUCACUCCCCACGAAGUCCGCCAGUACAUCGCCAAGGCGCGCACCUACCGUCCGGUUGUUCCCUCGUCGAUCUCCGACUACAUGGUGGGCGCAUACGUGAGAAUGAGGAAGCAGCAGAAGAAGGACGAGGAGGCCAAGAAGCAGUUCUCUCAUGUGACACUCCGUACACUGCUUGGUGUUGUCCGUCUGUCGCAGGCCCUGGCGCGUCUCCGCUUCAGCGACGUGGUCGUCACGGAGGAUGUGGAUGAGGCUCUGCGCCUGAUGGACGUCAGUCGGGCAUCCCUGUCCAACGAUGGCCAGUCUGGCAUCGACCAGAGCCCUAGCAGCAAGAUCUACCACCUCAUCCGCAGCAUGUGGGAGAGUGGCGCUGCGGCCGUGGGCGAUGGAGACGAGGGCGAGCUCAGCAUGCGGAGAAUCCAGGAGCGAGUGCUCGCCAAGGGAUUCACCGAGGAUCAGCUCAAGAUGGCCAUUGACGAGUACCAGUCGUUUCACGUCUGGCAAGUUCUGGGCGACGGCAACCGUCUCCUCUUCCUCGAUGCUAUGGAAAUGUAAGAAACAACUACUACCUAAUCUAGCACAAGGUUACGCUUUUCCUAUAUCACUGGACUUUUUAUCCUUCUUAUUUCCCAAAGCUGCUACUGUUUUGAGUAUUUAUCUUCAUACGUGAGAGACGAGCAUGAGGCCAUGUGAGAUUUUUUUGGAGAUGGGAAGACGGGAUGGGACUGGAGUUACGGUGUACAUGGCUUAUGUCGUCUGUUUCUGAUUCAACGGUGGGGUCUGGGAUAACCAAGCAAGGAAUGACUUCUUUAAAUGAUAUGGU